UGUUCAGACGAAAAAGAACCUGUGCCGAUUGGAGAUCCAAAGCCGGUAACUCGACAGCGAACCUGCCUACUACGAUAUUACUAAGCAUAGUCGCCCCUUGCUAGACCUUUCUGUCUCGCCAGUAGGCUUGGCUUAUUGUGGUCCCCAGGCCAUGACUACCCCCGGCCGCAUCCUUGAUUGAGGCAGCUAGAUGGGCCUUGAAUCUACCUCCGCCUCCUCUCCACCCCACCCCAAUGUGGAGAGGGUAAUCGGCAGGCGGGCAGGUUACUUGUCUCAAUCAUAAGGUUGGGUCGACAGGCGACAAGCACCCGUUAGCAGAUUAGCGUAGAAGGCCGAAUAGGACGAAGCGUAGUGUCUCUUGCCGUUCACUGACGACGAGACCGGAGGACGGCAAUCUUCCUCGGCUUCUCUAAGUCGAAGCACUAGAAGAAGAACCACUACAGUGAUAGAGCGCCACGCGGAAAGGAAGAUAUAAUGUAGUAUUUGGAGAAGGACACCUGCAGAGGCGGAACAGGCACCCUAUACGACAGCGUUAGGAAAUUGCUAAUAUGCCACACAAGUUCAAGUUAACGUACUAGACGGGAAGCGGGCAUUAUAAGUUCGAGUGCGGAAGGGACGUUGCCCCUCGGUGUAUUUAGAUAGUCAUGGAUCUGAGCUGUGGUUCAGUGUCAUCAGAUGAACUUGACGCAGUGAUCUCAUCGUCGACUGGGGCAUCUAACGGAAGGAUUCUUCGAGAAGAGUCGAAGCGCAAAGAUCAGCCUCGAGCAGCAAUGCAUUCGCAGGAUGUGCGUCCGGGAUCAGGCGAUAGCGGGAAACCGCUCACUCCAGCCCAGGAGUUGCGUAAGGCGACCAAACCAUUAAUGGAGAAGCGGCGCCGAGCUAGGAUAAAUCAAUGUCUACAAGAACUAAAGGACCUUAUUCUAGAAGCGCUCAACAAAGACCCUGCACGGCAUAAUAAGUUGGAAAAAGCGGAUAUCCUCGAAAUGGCAGUUUGCCACCUAAAGAGUGUUCAGCGACAGGUACGCCAACCACCCACUCUCCCGAUAGAGGGCACUACGAAAUAUCGCGAUGGCUAUACUGAGUGCGCGAACGAAGUAUCCCGCUUCGUCAACAAUGUUCAAGUGCUUCAGCCGGACGUCAAGCAGAAGCUCAUUGGCCAUCUAUCAUCCUGCAUAAACACAUUGGACACGAGCAACGGUCCAUCGGUGAGCCCUCCGCUUGGCUAUCCUUUAACACUUUCGCCGGCAAGCCAACCCGAUCAGCAAGGACAACUGCCGCCUGCUCUACCUGCUGGCGAGCGAUCUUCAUCACCGUUAUCGUAUUCACCCUAUCCUCCAUUAUCGCCUCCUUCGCAUAGGUCUUCGCCGCCACUUCCACCAGUGGCACCCUCGUUUCCCUCGGUGGCAGCCCCGUUAAACCUUUCGCCCUCGCACAUGGUCGCCUUUCCCGGAAUGGUACCACCCCCUUCAAAUGACCUAAACAACAAUGUCAACAACGUGACGAGCAGCAGUACCAACAACAAUAAUCACAUGAGUGUUGGCUUAAACCUCGUGAGUAAAAAAGACCAUCGAAAUCCAUCGGCUUCAAUGUCGUGCGCUGACUCAACGGGAGGCUCUUUUGGAGAUGAACCAAUGGAUGACGACCACUCACCAGCGACAGCUGGAUUGGAUGACGGUGAUCAAUACGACGCUCCUCUGGACUUUUCCAAGAAAAUUAUGCAAGCUUCGACUCGGACAAGUAGCAGCAGCAGCAUUAACAGCACUGGAGGAGGAAGUUACGGAGGUGGCGGGCCUGGAAGUGGAAGCAGUACAACUGUUUUUCCAAACCCGCGGAAGAAAUACCUGGCCUCGGUAAGCAGUGGCGCAUCGAGUUCUUCCGACGAAAGCGUCUUCGGGACAACACCCCACGGUAGCGUUUCGUCUGCAAAUGAACUCGAUUUCCAGCACACAUCGUCGCUUCGUCAACUACAAGAGCAUCAGAACCAACCAGUCAAUUAUUCAAAAAACGCGUUUGGGGGAGCUUCGGCUCCCCGCUAUAAUUUUGUCUUGAUGGGUGGCGACUCUGGAAUUGUCAGCGAAGACGAUGAUGACGUAUGGAGGCCGUGGCAUUUUCAGCGCUGAUUUGUUACUAUUUGAUAAGGAAUCAUGUAAGAAGAUUGUUGAUUUUCUAGCUCUACGAACAAUGUUCGAGGAAGAUUGCCUAUCCCUAAAAUAUAAGUGAGGGAGCACUGGCAACGAAAUGCUCACGUUCAUGCAUGCGCGGCUUCACGAAAAACAAGCCUCAUUAACUGCACGCUUCCUAUGGCCAAUUUGUCACAGUUAAGGUAGCUCGUUAAGGGUCUUUAGAUGCUCUACUUCGACCAAUUGCAAUGUGACAUCUUCUAUUGUAUUAUAGCUGUUGUAUUUAGCGUAUCCGUUACGUAAAGGCGGGUGAUUCGAAAAAAAGCUGAUCAUAAUGACACAUUAGUUCUGAGAGGAUAAAAAAACUCAACCCAAAAAUACAUAGGCAACUGGUUGAACAAAAAAUUUUCUUGGGGUAUUUGUGAGUAAUCUGUCUUCGCAGAUUCUUUUUUCAGUGGGGCUUUUUUUCCAUUUGUCAAACGAAAGUACGUUUUUUACGCUACUGAAUACCAUCACGAUCUUGCAAUUAUAAACUACGAUAAUACGCGGUUUAUGCCGCGAUGUUUCACGCGAUUCAUACCGCAGAUAAGGCUCAAACAGGAUACUUUUCUAUGAGCUCAUUAUCAACAUGGCCUGAGGUUGAGACGAGACGGUUCACUCGGUCUAAGUAUGUACUCUAUUGUGGGAAAAACUGUAUCGUUAGCGGCGUAUUUACAUUUACUGGUUACUACUGAUAUGAGCAUAAGGCUACGCACCGAAAAGCUGAGAAAAAUUUCAUAUUUCAAUCAAUUCUUCACGGCUGACUUGUAUAGCGAGGCUAUAAUAACAUCAGCAAUUAUUUGAAAUGUUUGUACAUAAAACAACGCCCAAGCGACCGGAUAGCAUGCGAUGGAGAAAUAGCCAUAUAUUUAAUAAUGUAAA